CUUGAUUACUUGGUACUGUAAAGUAUCAUAUUAUGAUUAUUCCAGCUAUUCCAGGGAGCCUUGGAGGUGGGUUUUAACGUUGGUGCCAUGCGCAGAGCCCUGCUUAGCCUAUGGUCCAGCAUCCUUAAGUGGGAAAACCUCGGGUUGAGCAGGUUUCACGCAGCGCAUCGUCCCCAGAUUAUUAACCAUCCAAGAUUUGAAACCGAUGCAAUGAGCCAAUGGGACCCUCUGGUAGGCUGUUGAUUCGUUGUAGUGGCGGAGAUAUUAACCCGCCUAGGCUACGGCCUGCGCUGGACCGUACGGAGUAUGCUAGACGUUGGUGCGGUGGCGGGAGCGGAUAUGGGUUCUUGGGGCCGUCUGGAAGCAAUUCAGGGCUGUCACGGUGUCACCAGAGGUUCCAGAGGUUCCAGAGAACCUACAAAAGGGAAAUAGUGACGGCUGGCGGUGUUGUGGGUUUUGCCAUGGCUUUGGUACAAUACCUAUUGUUGAUGUCGGUCCCUUUCCAGGGCACAGCGUUUCCGCUUUCACCGCCCUUUGUGCGAGGAGAGCGCAAGCACUCAGCAACAACCAAAAGCGCCUUGCUGCAGGGCAAUGCAGAUGCACCGCGCAACAUUAAUAUUAAUCGACCUCGAACGAGUACAUGUUCAGUUAGUCGUCCGUCUCUCUCUCGAGCAUCGCCGCGACGGUCAUGGGCGGUUAGUAAGGAAUGAUUCAGCCACCAGGGCCACCUCUGGG